CCAGCUUUAGUUCUGUUCCGAGACCCACGGUGAUGGGUCGACUUCCGCUGUGCCUUCUGCUCCUGGCAGUGGCGAAUUGUUUUGCCCAUGGCUACGAGGCCCCUGAGGCCCAGGUGCGCGUGUUCUAUCCCAAGGGAUUCGAGGUCUCCAUUCCGGACGCGGAGGGCAUUUCACUGUUCGCCUUCCACGGAAAACUGAACGAGGAGUUCGACGGACUGGAGGCAGGGCGAUGGGCACGCGACAUCCCAAAUGCGAAGCGAGGGCGCUGGACUUUUCGGGAUCGGGAGACUAAGCUCAACCUGGGCGAUACCCUGUACUUCUGGACUUACGUGCUGUACAAUGGACUGGGCUAUCGCCAGGAUGAAGGAGCGCAUGUGGUUACCAGCUAUGACAACCAAAGGAGCUGAUCCCAUUCUUCGAAAAUAUGAUGCAAUAAAACUUCUAAACCGAG